GCUGAGCCCAACCGGUUUGGCCGCGCUGCCCUUUAAACAUCCGAGGCACUGGGCUCCUGGAACCGGCCUCCGGGUGCAGCAGCUGUGAGUGCACCACCAUGUCCCUGCAGGCUGAUUUUGACAGGGCAGCGGAAGACGUGAAGAAGCUGAAAGCAAGGCCAGAAGAUGAAGAACUGAAAGAACUUUAUGGGCUCUAUAAACAAUCUGUAAUUGGAGACAUCAAUAUUGAGUGUCCAGGAAUGCUAGAUUUAAAGGGCAAGGCUAAGUGGGAAGCAUGGAACCUCCAAAAAGGAUUAUCGAAGGAAGAUGCCAUGAAUGCCUAUAUUUCUAAAGCAAAAGAGCUGAUAGAAAAAUAUGGAAUUUAGAAUUCAGCGUAUGAGAAAACUUUUCUUUUGAAGCCUUCGUAAUGGUAUCAUGACCUAACAUUUAGGGGAGAAAUGCACUGUUAACUCAUUACAUCUGUUGAAAAUUUUUGCUAGUAACAUGAAUUAUAAUCUUUAAUUAGAGGUAUGAUUAAACUGUAAUGUUAAGAAAAUUUUACUUGCUAAAAACCAGGUAGUUUUUUUUUUCUUUUACAUUUAAAAAUAAUUUAUUUAGGUUUCUGAUUCAUCGCCUGUCAAAAACUAAUCAAUAUAAAGAGAUGAUUCUAAACCUUGUUUUUAAAAAUUAUUGCUCUGGUAGUAUGUGCAUAAAAACAUUAACAAUUGUUUGUUCUUUUUAAAAAAUAAAUAUAUUUUUAUUGAUUUUUGAGAGGAAGGGAAUGGGAGA